AUGAAUAUCCCAAGCUUAACAAAAUGGGCUUGCCUCCUUUUAAUCAGUCUCACCAUUUUCAGUUCUUGCCAUGCAAAAGAACUACAACCAUCCUCUGUUUCUGAAACAUUUAACAAUUUCUUGAAUGUAACAAUUCAAUGGAGGAAUCACCAGAGACUGAAAUCCCAAGACUUCAAAAUGGAAUUCAACCUUCCAAUAAUGCUAGCUGGAGCUCUGAGCUUUGUGGCAGCAUCCAUUUCAAGUGCUGGUGGAAUUGGCGGUGGCGGUUUGUUCAUACCAAUCCUGACCAUAGUUGCCGGUUUAGACCUCAAAACCGCCUCAAGUUUCUCUGCAUUUAUGGUCACCGGUGGGUCGAUUGCUAACGUUACAUUCAAAUCCGGGAUAUCUUACUGGAGACGGGAAUCAGAAUGCAAGAUGAUGAACAGAUCGAAAAACGGCGGAUGCCCACAAAAAAAGAUGGAAAAUGGGGACAUGGCCCUUGAGAAAUUGGAAGAGCCAUUGUUGCAUAAAGGUGGAAAAGGGGGUGGAUUUAAGGUUGAUGUGCCAUGGAUGAAGAUGGGGUUGUUGAUUGUGAUUUGGUUUUGCUUUUUUCUUCUCUAUCUUCUCCGUGGGAAUCGAUAUGGACAAGGUAUUAUCAGUAUAAAGCCAUGUGGAGGCGAAUAUUGGAUCAUAUCAGCAACUCAAAUUCCUCUGGCCAUAAUUUUCACAGCAUGUAUUUUGUAUGGCAGGAAAACCAGACAAGAUCAAGUUCAUGAGCAGGAAUUAGAAAGUGGCAAUAGAAAUGAAGGGGGACCAGACAAGUUCUUAUUCCCAGUUAUGGCACUAUUAGCUGGGGGAUUAGGUGGAGUUUUUGGAAUUGGUGGUGGAAUGCUCAUUAGUCCUCUGCUUCUGCAAGUUGGCAUUACUCCAGAAAUAACUGCAGCUACCUGUUCAUUCAUGGUAUUCUUCUCCUCCACAAUGUCGGCAUGUGAGUAUCUACUACUUGGAAUGGACCAUGUACACUCAGCGAUCAUCUUUUCAGUAAUAUGCUUCCUCGCGUCCCUCAUAGGCUUGAUAGUUGUACAAAGAGCCAUCGUGAAACACGGAAGAGCAUCCCUGAUUGUGUUUUCAGUUGGUAUUGUUAUGGCUGCAAGUACAAUCCUGAUUACUAGCUUUGGAGCACUUGAUGUCUGGAGGGACUACACUGCAGGGAAAUACAUGGGAUUCAAGAUGCCCUGUUAA